UUACAUGAGCCAUGUCUGACCCGGACUUUAUCGAUUCCUCGUCUGAGCUCAAUGAUUUUGACCCCGCAGACCUGUUGCCUCUGAUUCCAUUAGAUGUGGAGAUUGGUGAUGUGAUCAGCACACAUGAUGAUGAUAAUGAUGAAGACACAAGACAUGACAAGUCUCCGUCACCGGUCGUGGUGGAGGAACAUCUGGAUUUGAAACCCAACCUAAAGCAAAGGAUAGUUCUGAGCCAACUGACAUCCGAACAGUACACGCCAGAAGUGGACGAUACACUGGAGCGCUUUGCAUCAGACGUCAGCCAGGAGGCGCUGUCUGUGUACUUUGACCCUCAAAGCGGUCUUCAUGCUGAGCCCAGCAUGCCAGCACAAAACAUGAAGCAGUUCUUCUACUUUGUACGUAAGGAGCGGGCACCCCUCACCCCCGAGGACCUAGAAGAAAACUUGCAGUUUGGCUCUGUGAGAGGGUCGUACAUCGCUGCCCUGCUGAGGCUGAUGAACGGGAUCUAUGCCCCCUACAUCUUCGGGAACACCAGCUGGCCUGAGAGCAUUCACAACAAUUUCUCAGCCAACGUUCACCGCUUCCUGGCUGCACUGACAGACACCAGGUACAAGUUACAGGGCCACACUGCCCUUUACAUCCCCAUUGAGGCCCUGAAUGUAGAAGCUGAAACCGCCAUCAAGGACAAAGAGAUGGUGCAGAGGCUGGAGACUGCCAUGGUGCACUGGACCCGCCAGAUCAAAGAGGUUCUGAGCGCCCAGGAAGCAGUGGAGAUAGGUGAGAGCUCAGGUCCUCUAGAGGAGAUUGAAUUUUGGAGAGAACGAUGCACUGACCUCUCUGGAAUCGGCAAGCAGCUGGAUAAGCCGGGAGUGAAACACAUCCAGCACAUCCUGGAGAUGGCAAAGUCAUCCUAUGUGGGACCUUUCCGGAAACUAUCCAAGCAGAUCCAGGACGGGUCUGUCCAGGCUCAGUCCAACCUCAGCUUUUUAUCCAUACUGCGAGAACCGUUUGAAGAGCUGAUGUCCCUGAAACUCAAAAACAUUCCUGAAAAAUUCCCUCGUCUCCUCACCCUCGUCCGUAUGAUUUGGGUCAACUCGCCCUACUACAAUACCCGAGAGCGCCUUACCUCACUAUUCCGCAAGAUCAGCAAUGAACUGAUCCGACUCUGCAGCCGAGAGAUUUCCCUUGAUCACAUCUUCGAUGGGUACAUCGCCUCUAGUCGCCAGGUGUUGAACAACUGUAUCCUGUGCUGCACGGCUUGGAAGGAGCAGUAUAUGAGAGCCAUGAAGGUCCAUCAAAGGUUUUCCAACGUCGGAUGGAUUUUGGAUCAAACAAGUAUUUUUGCACAAGUGGACGCCUUUAUACAACGCUGCAAAGAUCUACUGGAGGUGUGUCUGUGUCAGCAACAGUUUGGACGAUGGGACGACGGACAGCAGACUCCUCUCCCCUGCUUUCCUGGGCAGAGUGGUCCCCAGAUUACUAGCAGCUUGCUGGAGAUUGAGGACACCUUCCAGAAGAACCUUCUCAUUCUCAAAGCGGUGAAGAAGACCAUACUGGACGUGAAAAAUACCACGUGGCAUGACAACUAUAACAGGUUCCGUGCCAGUGUGAAGGAUCUAGAGGUGAUGAUGCAAAAUCUCAUCAUGACGGCUUUCGAGACGGUGCGCAGCGCGGAGCAGGGUGCUGAACUGCUGGACAUCUUCCACCAUUUGUCAGCCAGAGAGGCCAUAAAACGUACAUUUGACAAGAAGACGGUACAAGUGUAUGAAAUGUUCAAGAAUGAGUUGGAUCUUGUCAACAAAGAACUUGGCAGAAAAAUUCCUACAGUGCCAUCUCACAUGUGCCGCUCGGCCGGUCAGGCGCACUGGGUGCGGGCUUUAAGACGUCGCAUUGAUCGGCCAAUGCAGAUCCUGUCCGGCUGCCACUUCAUGCCCCGUGUCGGAGUUGGCGAGGAGAUCAUUCAUGAGUACCAGCAGCUGAUCCAGAAACUGGACGAGCUGGUGAGGAAGAUCUUCUCGGAAUGGUCUCAGUUGGCGGACAGGCAGGCCACGAAACGCCUGGACAUCCCUCUUAUGGUCCGCAGCCAGGAGAAGCCCGGAAUGCUUGACGUGAACUUCGAUAAGAACCUGUUGAAGUUGUUUGUGGAGAUCCAUUACUGGGAACGGGUCCAGUUUGAGAUCCCCCAUUAUGUGGUGGACAUUUACCAGCGGCAGGAGGACCUCCGAAACCUGCGAGAAAACGUUCUCCUGGUGGUUCGAGCCUAUAACAGGAUCAUAGCGGCUCUCUCCGCAGAGGAACGCAGCCUGUUCAGAGAAAGGAUCCGCUUCCUUGAUAAGAAGAUCCAGCCGGGUCUUACUAAGCUACACUGGUCUUCCAAGGGAGCAUCCAGCGCCUUCAUUAAUGAUUGUCUCCUGCAUGCAAGCAAGAUCCAGCAAAUUGUAGACAAUUAUAAAGCCUCCAACUUGAACAUCUCCCGUUGCGCCCAGACGAUCAGCGAGUCUCUGUUGCUGCACAUUGAUGGAAACCGAGUCUUCCGUGAUAUGGAGUUCCGGGAAGCUCAGGUGGAACAUCGCCGGGCUGUGCAGAGCCGCCUGCAGAAACUUCACGAGGAGAUCUGCUCCUUUAUGAGGACCACAUAUGAGGUUUUCAAGGCAGAUGGACCAGAGGUCCAGCAGCACUGGAUUCUCUACACAAAGAAGAUGGACCGUCUGGUGGAAGAGGCUUUCAGACUCAACAUUAAGUGGUCCCUUCAAGAACUGUCCAAGGCCAUCAAUGGAGACAGUAAGACCUCCCCGAGUCCCCUCUUCCGGGUCAUGGUGAUACUACAGAACGACUUCCCUGGCUCCACAGCUGAGGUGGAAUUCUCACCGACUCUUUUGCAAUUAGCCAGCAUUGUGAACAGUGUCUGUUCAGAGAUUCUCAUUGCCAUUUCCAGUUUCAAGCGGCUUCCAGAUAUUCUGACCAAGGAGAAGUCUUCACUGGACCCCAUACACAACAUCCUAGAGCGAGAUGAAGAGAUCAAGAAGAUCCAAGCUCUGAUCAGCGGAGGAAUGACCACAAAUGCCACCCUUCUCCAGGCCUACCUGAAGACGUGGGACUCCUUCCGAAUGAUCUGGGAGCCCCAGAAGGAUACCCUGAUCCGCCGCUACCAACGCCUCAACCCCAUGGUGUCCGCGUUCGAUGCUGAUAUCGCCCGGUACACGGAGCUGGCGAACAAUGUUCAGAAGCAGGAGACCGUACAGAACAUCCAGUUUGUCAUGCUGGACUGCAGCCAACUCAAGUUCGCUUUGGUCCAACACUGCAACGAGUGGCAGAACAAGUUCACCGGCUUACUGCGACACAUGGCCACCGAGAAACUGAUGGGACUGCACGCUUAUCUGCGCGACAACGCAGAACGGGUGAUAAGCUCUCCGCAGACCUUGGAAGAACUGGCACAGAGCCUGACCUUGUACGACACCCUACAGAGCAACCUGUCCAAGGUGGAGGGUCAGAUCAUGCCCAUCCAUGACCAGUUUGAAAUCCUGAAGAAGUACGAAGUUGCUGUGGAGGAAUCGGUUCUGAAUACACUGGACUCCCUGAACAAGGCAUGGCUGUCUUUCCAGCAGAGUCUUAUCGACAGCGAGACCAUGCUGAAGAAAUCCAAGGAGAAGUUCAAAGCUAGUCUCAUCCACACUGCCGAGGAGUUCAAGAAAAAGUCACGCUCCCUCCUGGAGGACUUCGCUAGGAGAGGUCCCUUCUCCAGCUCAGUAGGAUGUGAGGCGGCUCUGGAACAAAUAGCCAUGUUCCGACAAAUGAUGAACACCUUUAAAGAAGAGGAAAACACCAUCCGCUCUGGACUCAGCAUGUUCAAGAUAGAACAGCCGGGCUCUAAGGAAAUCCAGGCCAUGGAAAAGGACCUGGACGCUCUACAGCUGGUAUGGGAAGCCACUAAGGAAUGGGAACAGAACUGGGGUGACUGGAAGUCUGGUCGGUUCCUGACAUUGCAGACAGAGAUCAUGGAAAACACGGCACAGGGCCUGUUCAAGAGGCUGAGCAAACUCAGCCGAGAGCUCAAGGAGAAAAACUGGGAGGUGGUAGAGACAUCGAGGAUGCGGAUUGACCAGUUCAAAAGGACUUUGCCUCUUAUUGUGGACCUGCGGAACCCGGCAUUGCGGGAGAGACACUGGACCCAGGUCAAGCAAGAGAUCCAGAGGCCCUUUGACCAGACGGGAGAUGACUUCACUCUGGAGAAAAUCGUUGAGUUGGGUCUUGACCACCAUGUGGAAAAGAUCAAUGAAGUCUCGACCGCCGCCACUAAGGAGUUGUCCAUUGAACAAGCCCUGGAAAACAUCACAAGAACCUGGGAGGACACCAAGCUGGACAUUGUCUCUUACAAAGACAAGGGCCACUAUCGGCUGAGAGGAACAGAUGAAGUGUUCCAGGCUCUUGAAGACAACCAAGUCAGUAUUUCCACCAUGAAGGCAUCACCAUUUGUGAAAGCUUUUGAGAAGGAAGUAGACCGAUGGGAGCGAUGUCUAUCCCAUAUCCUGGAGGUUAUCGAAAUGAUCCUCACCGUGCAGAGACAGUGGCUGUACCUUGAGAACAUCUUUUUGGGAGAGGACAUCCGGAAGCAACUGCCCCAGGAAUCGGCAGAGUUUGACCGAGUAAAUGUCAACUGGAAAAACAUCAUGGGCAGACUGAACAAGGAUAACAAUGCUCUGCGUGGGACCCACUUUCCAGGCCUCCUAGAGAAGCUGGGAGAGAUGAAUUCGGUUCUGGAGGGUAUACAGAAGUCUCUGGACCUGUACCUGGAGACAAAGCGUCAUAUCUUCCCACGAUUCUACUUCCUGUCCAAUGACGACCUGCUGGAGAUCCUUGGACAGUCCCGGAACCCAGAGGCUGUCCAACCACAUCUCAAGAAAUGCUUUGACAACAUCAAAUCACUCAAGAUCCAGAAGGCUGGCCACAAAUACGAAGGUGCAGGCAUGUUCUCCGCAGAGGGCGAGUAUGUGGAAUUUACACACCCUGUCCUCUUAGAGGGUCCUGUGGAAGCCUGGCUGUGCGACAUUGAGAGGACAAUGCGCUGGACGCUGAAGGAGCUUCUUAGAAACUGUCGCCCGGCGCUAAAGAAGAUGAGCAACAAACGGGACAAGUGGGUGAAGGAGUGGGCAGGGCAGAUGCUGAUCACCGCCAGCCAGAUCCAGUGGACCACAGAUGUGACCAAAUCUCUAGUGACUGCUAAAGAACGCGCAGACAAAAAGUUUCUGAAGACAAUGAAAAAGAAGCAGGUCUCCAUGUUGCAUAAAUAUUCUGACGCCAUUCGAGGAAACCUUACAAAAAUUCUGCGCCUCAAACUGGUGGCACUUGUGACGGUUGAGGUUCAUGCCAGAGAUGUCAUUGAUAAGAUGCUGAAGAGCGGAUGCACUGAUGUGGCUUCCUUUGAGUGGCUGAGUCAACUGCGCCUUUACUGGGAUAAGGAUGUUGAUGAUUGCAUUAUUAGACAGACAAACACUCAUUUCCGGUAUGGGUAUGAAUAUUUGGGAAAUUCAGGACGUCUUGUGAUCACACCCCUCACUGACAGAUGUUACAUGACUCUCACCACCGCCCUGCACCUCCACCGUGGAGGCUCGCCAAAGGGCCCAGCCGGUACUGGAAAGACUGAGACGGUAAAAGACCUGGGAAAGGCUCUGGGGAUGUAUGUGAUUGUUGUAAACUGCUCAGAAGGACUGGACUUUAAAUCUAUGGCAAGAAUGUACUCCGGCUUGGCUCAGACCGGUGCCUGGGGCUGCUUUGAUGAAUUUAACAGAAUCAACAUUGAAGUGCUGUCUGUGGUGGCCCAACAAAUCCUGUCCAUCCUUUCGGCUCUUUCUGCCAACCUGACCCGGUUCGUCUUUGAGGGCCGAGACAUCAGCUUGGUUUGGUCCUGCGGUAUCUUCAUCACCAUGAAUCCAGGUUAUGCAGGCCGUACUGAGCUCCCAGAUAACCUCAAGUCCAUGUUCAGACCCAUCUCCAUGGUGGUACCAGACUCCACACUGAUCGCAGAGAUUAUUCUAUUCGGAGAAGGCUUCAGUAACUGCAAGCUCCUGGCUAAGAAGGUCUACACCUUAUAUUCCCUGGCUGUUCAGCAACUUUCCAAGCAGGACCACUACGACUUCGGCUUACGAGCUUUGACUUCCCUGCUAAGAUAUGCUGGGCGUAAACGGCGACUCUGUCCUGAUCUGUCCGAUGAGGAGAUUCUCAUCAUGUCAAUGAAAGACAUGAACAUAGCCAAACUCACCUCUGUGGACCUCCCUCUGUUCAACGGGAUCAUGCAUGAUCUUUUCCCGGGCAUAGACGCACCGUCAGCGGAUUCCGGCAAGCUCCGGGAGCAGAUUGAGCAGGAACUGCGCCUCUCUGGCCUUCAAAUCACACCGUUCACCGUUACCAAAGUCAUCCAACUGCACGAAACCAAAUCCUCACGCCACUCCUGCAUGAUCGUCGGGAGGACCUGUAGCGGAAAGACAACUACCUGGCGCUGCCUGCAGUCGGCGCUGUCUUCUCUGCACCGCAACGGAGACACAAACUAUAACCUUGUGCGGGAAUUUCCUCUGAACCCCAAGGCCGUGUCUCUGGGGGAGUUGUAUGGUGAAUAUGAUCUGACAACCAGCGAGUGGACAGAUGGAAUCCUCUCCAGCCUUAUGCGUACAGCCUGUGCAGAUGAGCGCCCAGACGAGAAGUGGAUUGUGUUUGAUGGGCCAGUUGACACUCUGUGGAUAGAAAGUAUGAAUUCCGUCAUGGAUGAUAACAAAGUCCUGACCCUCAUUAACGGAGAGAGAAUAGCCAUGCCGGAGCAGGUGUCUCUGCUCUUUGAGGUUGCAGAUCUUGCCGUCGCUUCUCCAGCCACAGUGUCACGUUGCGGUAUGGUAUUCACCGACCACACCAGCCUUGGCUGGAAGCCGUAUGUCCAGUCCUGGCUAGAAAAGAGGUCUAAGGUGGAAGCGGAGAGCCUCCAGCGUAUGUUUGACAAAUACGUGGGGAAGAUACUGGAAUACAAACACCAAAACUGUAAGGACCUUGUACCGCAAGAGGAGACCAGCGGGGUCAUCUCCCUCUGCAAGCUGUACGAGUCACUGGCCACACCAGAGAAUGGGGUGAAUCCAGCAGACCAGGACAAUUACAGCCGCAUGGUGGAACUUUGGUUCCUCUUCUGCCUGGUCUGGUCAGUAUGUGCCUCUGUGGAUGAAGACGGGAGAAAGAAGAUCGACAACUACCUGAGAGAGAUCGAAGGAAGUUUUCCAAAUAAGGACACGGUGUAUGAGUAUUUCGUAGACCCAAAAACAAAGAACUGGAUGAACUUUGAGGACAGAUUGCCCAAAGGUUGGCGAAUUCCAGCCAAUUCCCCGUUCUACAAGAUCAUGGUGCCAACAGUGGACACAGUGCGCUACCAGUUCAUUGUUAGUGCCCUGGUGACACACCAGAACCCGGUUCUCCUCGUCGGUCCAGUGGGGACUGGGAAAACAUCUAUCGCUCAAAGUGUUCUGCAGUCUUUAGAUGCCAGCAAGUGGACAUUGUUAACCGUGAACAUGUCCGCACAGACAAGCUCCAGCAACGUGCAAAAUAUUAUUGAGAGUCGUGUGGAGAAGAGGACAAAGGGCGUGUACGUACCUGCUGGGGGCAAACACCUCCUGACCUUCAUGGAUGACCUCAAUAUGCCAGCUAAGGAUACUUUCGGAUCACAGCCACCUCUGGAGCUUCUGCGGCUCUGGAUUGAUUAUGGCUUUUGGUAUGAUCGCCAGAACCAAAGCAUCAAAUACGUCAAGGACAUGUUCAUCAUGGCAGCGAUGGGUCCCCCUGGAGGAGGCCGAACUGCCAUUUCUGGGCGCCUUCAGAGCCGAUUCAACCUGAUUAAUAUGACCUUCCCCUCGGAAUCUCAAAUCAAGAGGAUAUUUGGGACGAUGAUGAGCCAGAAGCUGCAAGAUUUUGAGGAAGAGGUGAAACCAGUUGGGGAUAUAAUCACGCAGGCAACCGUAGAGCUGUAUAAUGCAGUUACCCAGAGAUUCCUGCCCACCCCUGCCAAAAUCCACUACCUGUUUAACCUCAGGGACAUCUCCAAGGUAUUCCAAGGCAUGUUACGGGCACACCGUGAUCUACACGAUACAAAGCACAGUAUGACCAAGCUGUGGGUACAUGAAUGCUUCAGAGUAUUUUCUGACCGCCUGGUGGAUUCCUCCGACACAGAAGCCUUUAUUGGGAUCCUGAGCGAAAAACUGGGCUCUCUCUUCGACCUCACCUACCACAACCUGUGUCCCAGCAAAAACCCGCCGGUGUUCGGUGAUUUUAUGCGGGAGCCCCGCGUGUACGAAGACAUCACCGACUUUGGCACUUUGAAAAAAUUCAUGAUGACCCAGCAGGAGGAACUGACUCAGCAGCCCGGGACCGCGGCUAAGAAACUCGUCCUGUUCACUGACGCCAUCCAACACGUGACCAGAAUUGUGCGUGUGAUUGGCCAGCCACGGGGGAACAUGUUACUGGUCGGUAUUGGCGGUAGCGGGCGGCAGAGUCUUGCGCGGCUGGCGUCCUAUAUCUGUGAAUACAAAGUCUUCCAGCUGGAGGUGACGCGUGGAUACCGCCGGCAAGAGUUUCGCGAAGACAUCAAAAAACUGUACCGGCUGGCCGGUGUAGACGGGCGCCCCUCUGUCUUCCUCCUGACCGAUACCCAAAUCACAGAGGAGGCUUUUCUGGAGGACGUCAACAACAUCCUGAGCUCCGGAGAGGUCCCCAACCUGUACAAGGCGGAUGAGUUUGAGGAGAUCCGGAGCAUUCUACAAGAGAAGGCUAAAGAGGAGGGUGUCCCAGACAAUCCUGAGAGCCUCUUUAACUUUCUGAUUGAGAGAGUGCGGAACAAUCUUCACAUCGUUCUGUGUAUGAGCCCCGUGGGAGAUCCUUUCAGGAACCGCAUCCGCCAGUAUCCAGCACUGGUCAACUGCACCACCAUUGACUGGUUCUCCGAGUGGCCACAGGAAGCUCUGCUGGAGGUGGCCGAAAGAUACCUGGAAGGAGUGGAGCUAGGAAACGUGGAGGGGGUCAGUGGGAAGGUGGCCAGGAUCUUUGUCACCAUGCAUCGAUCGGUAGCGGAGUACUCCCGCAAGAUGAAACUAGAACUGAGGAGACAUAACUACAUCACCCCCACCAGUUACCUGGAGGUCGUGUCCCGGUACAAGAGCCUCCUGAAUGAGAAGCGGACGGAGUUGGGAGACAAGGCCACCAAGCUGCGUAACGGACUCUUCAAGAUCGACGAGACCCGAGAGAAGGUGGAGAAGAUGUCCGAACAGCUGGCCAUCGCCAGGAGCAAAGUGGCCGAGUUCCAGAAGCAGUGCGAGGAGUACCUGGUCAUCAUUGUCCAGCAGAGGAGAGAGGCCGACGAGCAGCAGAAGACGGUCACAGCCCACAGCGAGAAGAUCGGAGCGGAGGAGAUAAAGUGUAAGGCUCUGGCAGACAAUGCACAGAAAGAUCUGGAGGAGGCACUUCCCGCUCUGGAGGAGGCCAUGAAGGCCCUGGAUUCGUUGAACAAGAGGGACUUGACAGAAAUAAGAGCCUACGGACGGCCACCAGCUUUGGUGGAGACUGUCAUGCAGGCCGUAAUGACGCUGAGAGGAAACGAACCUACCUGGGCCGAGGCCAAGCGGCAACUAGGUGAGCCCAACUUCAUCAAACAGCUCAUCAACUUUGACAAGGACAACAUCUCCGAGCGGGUCCUGAAAAAGAUUGGCCAGUACUGCGUCCUGCCAGACUUCCAGCCAGACAUUGUUGGCAGGGUGUCUCUGGCGGCCCGCUCGCUGUGUAUGUGGGUUUGUGCCAUGGAGAUGUACGGUCGGAUAUUCCGUGUGGUAGAACCCAAACGGGCCCGCAUGAACGCAGCCAUGGCGCAGCUGGCGGAGAAGCAGGCAUCACUGGCUGAGGCUCAGAAUAAACUCAGAGAGGUUGGCGAGCACCUGGAGCAGCUGAAAAUGCAGUACGAAGAGAAGUUGGCCCAGAAGGAAGCGCUAAGGGAGGAGGCAGAAUUGAUGGAGGUGAAGCUGCAGAGAGCGGGCACCCUGGUGACGGGACUGGCAGGAGAAAAAUCUCGCUGGGAGGAAACGGUUAAAGGUCUAGAGCAGGAUUUGGGUUUCCUAGUCGGUGACUGUCUGCUGGCCUCGGCUUUCUUGUCUUAUAUGGGGCCUUUCCUAUCCAACUACCGUGAUGAAAUCCUUUCCAUCUGGAUCAAAGAGGUGAAGGAGAUGCUGGUCCCUUGCUCCCCAGAGUUUGACCUUUCCACCUUCCUGUCCAGUCCCACCGCGGUACGUGAGUGGAACCUGCAGGGCCUCCCGUCCGACAGCUUCUCCAGUGAUAACGGUGUCAUCGUCACACGCGGCAACAGGUGGCCACUGAUGAUAGACCCACAGGGACAAGCCAGUAAAUGGAUCAAAAGUAUGGAGUCUGCUAAGGGUCUAAAAGUCAUCGACCUCCAAAUGACCGAUUUCAUGCGCACCCUGGAACAGGCAGUUCAAUUCGGGACUUCCGUCCUUCUACAGAAUGUCCAGGAAGAUCUGGACCCGUCACUGGCACCUAUUCUCAACAAGUCUGUCGCCAAAGUGGGGGGAAAGCUGCAGAUCCGGCUGGGUGAUAAGGACGUCAUGUACAAUCCGGAGUUCCGAUUCUACAUCACAACGAAACUUUCCAACCCUCAUUACACUCCGGAGAUCAGCUCACAGACCACCAUCGUCAACUUCGCUGUGAAAGAGCAGGGUCUAGAGGAUCAGCUAUUGGGCAGCGUGGUGAAGAAGGAACGCCCGGAGCUCGAGGAUCAGAAACAGUCGUUGGUCCUGAACAUUGCUGCCGGGAAACGCAAAUUGCAAGAACUGGAGGAUGAAAUUCUCAGGCUGCUGAAUGAGGCAACAGGAUCUCUUCUGGAUGAUGUGCAACUAGCAAACACUCUGCAGACAUCGAAGGUGACAGCGACUGAAGUGAGCGAGCAGUUAGAGAGCAGUGAGGAAACUGAAGAGAAGAUCGAUUUAGCCAGAGAGGCAUACCGUCCUUGUGCCCAGCGGGCUGCACUCCUUUUCUUUGUCCUGAAUGACCUCGGGAGGAUUGACCCCAUGUACCAGUUCUCUCUAGACUCCUAUAUUGACCUUUUCCACCUGAGUAUCGACAAGAGCAAACGCAGCUCCAACCUGGACGAGAGAAUCGCCAACCUCAAUGAGUACCACACAUAUGCAGUCUACAGGUACACUUGUCGGGCCCUGUUUGAAAGGCACAAGCUCCUCUUCAGUUUCCAGAUGUGCGCCAAGAUCCUGGAGGUGGCAGGAAAACUCAAUAUGGAUGAAUAUAAUUUCUUCCUGCGUGGAGGCGUGGUGCUGGAUCGAGAGGAACAAAUGGAUAAUCCAUGCCCAGGCUGGCUGUCUGAUGCCAACUGGGACAACAUAACAGAACUUGACAAACUGACCAACUUCCACGGCAUCAUGAACUCAUUUGAGCAGUACCCACGUGACUGGAACCAGUGGUAUACCAGUCCUGAGCCUGAAAGUGCUAGCCUGCCAGGGGAAUGGGAAAACGCCUGCAGUGAAGUGCAGAGGAUGCUGAUUGUCCGCUCGCUGCGUCAGGAUAGGGUGGCUUUCUGCGUCACUGCCUUCAUCAUCAACAACCUGGGGUCGAAAUUUACAGAACCACCCGUGCUGGACAUGAGAGCGGUGGUUGAUGACUCCCUCCCUCGUUCUCCACUGGUAUUUGUUCUCUCCCCAGGCGUGGAUCCCACGGGGGCUCUUCAACAACUAGCCGAGCAGUGCCACAUGUCGCAGCGUUUCCAGACUCUGUCCUUGGGACAAGGCCAAGCACCCAUCGCUACUCGCAUGAUCAAAGAAGGAGUGAAGCAAGGUCAGUGGGUGUUCCUGGCCAAUUGUCACCUCUCUCUUUCCUGGAUGCCGCAGCUGGACAAGUUGGUGGAGCAGCUGCAGGUGGAGAAUCCGCACCCGAGCUUCAGACUGUGGCUGAGCUCCAGCCCACACCCCGAGUUCCCCAUCUCCAUCCUACAGGCCAGCAUCAAGAUGACAACUGAGCCACCCAAGGGUCUUCGCGCCAACAUGACGCGCCUCUACCAUCUGAUCACAGAGCCUCAGUUCUCUCGCUGCACCAAGACCACCAGCUACCAUCGUCUGCUCUUCUCCCUCUGCUUCUUCCAUAGCAUCCUCCUGGAGCGAAGGAAGUUCCUCCAACUAGGCUGGAACAUUGUGUAUGGCUUUAACGACGCCGACUUUGAGGUCUCAGAGAAUCUUCUCAGCUUGUACUUGGAUGAGUACGAAGAGACCCCUUGGGAAGCUCUCAAGUAUCUGAUCUCCGGAGUCAACUAUGGCGGGCACGUGACAGAUGAUUGGGAUCGACGACUGCUGGGAACUUAUAUUAAUGACUAUUUCUGUGAGCAAGCUCUUACCACUCAGUUCUACAAGCUCUCCUCUCUGGAUGCAUAUUACAUCCCUCGUGACGGCCCGCUGCCAUCAUACAAAGAGUUUAUCUCCCUACUUCCCACCGUGGAUCACCCGGAAGUCUUCGGGCAGCACCCCAACGCCGAUAUUGCCAGCCAGAUCACCGAGGCACGAACCUUGUUUGACACUCUGCUGUCUCUGCAGCCUCAGGUCACACAGAACGUUCCCGGAGGGCAAAGCAGAGAGGACAAGGUCUUGGAGUUACUGAGUGAUGUUCGUCAGAAGAUUCCUCAGGAAAUCGAUUACGAGGGAACAGUGAAAGUUUUAAGCGAUGACCCCAAUCCACUCAACGUUGUGUUACUACAAGAAAUCCAGAGAUACAACGCUCUGCUGAGUACCAUCAGGUCAUCUCUGCAGGACCUGGAAUACGGAAUACAAGGCUUGGUGGUCAUGUCCACAGAGCUGGAGGAGAUCUUUACCUGCAUCUAUGAUGCCCGCGUUCCACCACUCUGGGAAAAGGCUUACCCUUCCUUGAAACCCCUGGCAGCCUGGACCCGGGACCUGGCAUCGCGUGUAGAUAUGUUUGCUCGCUGGGCAGAGACUGCGCGCCCUCCAGUCCUGUUCUGGCUUUCCGCAUUCACCUUCCCAACUGGUUUCCUGACUGCUGUACUCCAGAGUGCGGCCCGGCAAAACAAUGUCUCUGUUGACUCUUUAUCCUGGGAAUUCAUUGUCUCUACUGUAGAUGAUAAUAACCUGGUGUAUCCUCCAAAGGAUGGGGUGUGGAUCCGUGGUCUGUAUCUGGAAGGAGCUGGAUGGGAUAAGAAGAAUUCGUGUUUGAUGGAGGCAGAGCCAAUGCAACUGGUGUGUCCAUUGCCAACCGUGCACUUCAGACCAACUGAGAGCAAGAAGAAGAGCAGCAAAGGUCUCUACCCCUGCCCGUGUUAUUAUUACCCCAUCCGCUCCGGGUCCUCUGGUCGCGCCUCCUUCGUGAUAGGUGUGGAUCUUCGCACCGGGGCGUCACCUCCAGAACAUUGGAUCAAGCGAGGAACGGCUCUGCUGAUGAGUCUGGACAGUUAGAGGACCAGAAAUGUCUCCCCACACCCAUAGACAGAGCCUAUCGCCAAUGAGUGCUCCACAUGUUCUUCCAUGUUCCACUGUCCUGUAGCCUUAAUGACAACCAGUCACAAUUGGGCUUAUGCAAGACUAAGCUGACCAUACAUUAUACAAUCAGAUUGGAUCUACAGUCAACUAAGGCCUGCCUGAUUGUAUACAAAUCAAACGGAUUGUUUGGGUUUUGGGAAAUUUAAAGGAGAUUGUACAAUCAGAUUUUUUAGUGUAUGGCCUGCUUUAGGAAUAUUCAGUCUUGUGUCUGAACCUCUGGUGUAUGUGAAAGACCCAAAUCAUUGCGGCUCGGUCAUCAAUACAUCCUUAAACAAAUCUUUUGGUAGUUAAAACAACUCCCUUAUACAGAUUCCAUCUCUGUAUUUAGGUGUUUGCUUAAUGUUCACCUAUACAGUGGAACCUUGGAUUACAAGCGUGAUCCGCUCGAGGAGAAUGCUUGUAAUCCA